UUGAGCUUCAAUAUCGCGUCUUUACCAGCAAUCCGCCACGUUUCUAUCGCAAGUCGAGUGAGUCAGCCCUUCUUCGGUGCCUCUUGUCAGCACCUCCGAACGUGUCUAUCAUCACACCAGUAGCUGAUAUCGUGUCGCGUACCUGUAGAGAAACGUACGAAAGCAACUUCUAUCGAAAUGGCUAGCAUGACUUCCACUGCUCGCGAUAUCCCGAAGGUCCAUGGCAGAGACAGCUUCGCUGCUGUAGCUGCCAGGAGCGUUCCUACUACCAAACCACACCCUCUUCCGACUCCUCCUAACUCUAUAUCCCCAUCUCUGCCUCCCCACGGCAUCAAGCCAUACGGGACGCGUUCUAUCACCGCGGCCACUCUGGAGAAUGUCGAGUCUGAUCUCGACCUCCACGAGGGACCAACUGGUAGUGAACGAGAUGGAUCUGCAGAAGGUGGCCACGACGUUGGCUCACCAGGGUUCGACACGGCAGGUGCCAUCACGCCAACUCUGUUGGCAAAGCAUCACCUCCCGGAGAUCCUGUUGAACCAUGGUCCACUGGCUAUCCGCCACAUCAUGGGUUUCCUCACCACAGCGGUCCCCGGAUUCUCAGGAAUUCCACCUGCCAAGGCGAGAAGACUCGUUGUCGGUGCUCUGGUGGGACGUGGCAGUGGAGGUGAAGGAGGUGGCGUUAAAGGCAACGUCAAGUUCGAGAAAGUUGGAUGGGGACGUUGGGACGCGAGGUUGAAGGGCCGCCCUGCUAGAAACAGCAGAGGCAUUCAACAGUCACCACCCCCGAGUGUACCAUCCUCUUACUCCAAUGGCAUGCCCAUUGCAGCGACAGAUAGCUGGGACCGAACCCGACUGAAUGCACCAGGAUCCAGUUGGGCCGCCGACUCUGCCGUGUUCUCUCACGACGACGAUAUGGACAUCUCUAUGCUUGAGAAUGAAGCAGACAAGAUGUCCCUUGAUGGAGACGAAUCUUGUUCCUCUUCCGAUGCUCCACCGGAAGAUGAGAUUAUGAGUAUGGGUGAUGACCCUGAAGACAUAACCGAUGAUGAAGACUGGGCUGCCGUCGGUGCAGCUGCACUACGAGCAGCUUCUUACUCCAACUCCGGCCCUCGAGGAGCUUUCCUUGGUUCCGGGACAUAUAAUGGGAUAUCCCGCAGCGGUGGCGGGCCAUCCUUGAUGACAUUGGCAAAAUCUGUGCCAAUGCAUACUCCACGACUUAAUUUCGAUCUUUCCGCCUUUGGCAUGACCUCCGAUUCUCAGGAACGCGAGGCUGUUGAGGCACUUUUGCGACUUGGUUCUGUAUAAUAUAUCUGGCGUUAUUUAGCGGCGGUGCAUAGGGGCGGGUAUGGUUUGCAAGCGUCACGAUCUGCCGGCGAGCAUCGAUCGAAUGGGUUCAAGCACGCUUUUUCAUCAUGAUCUGAAGGGACGUUUUGGG